GAAAAAUCUAAACCAUCCCCUCGUCUCUGUUUUCAAUCAAUCUCCUCCAAUUUCAUUUGAGGUCGCUCCUCCGCUUGAAAUUUUGGAAAUCUACUAGGACGGAGAAAUAAUCAGUAAACAUGGAAGCAGAGAAUCUGAUAAAAGAUCGCGGCUUUGUGGCCGCUCCUCUGACGUUCUUCGUCGUGGUCAUCUUCCAGUUGCUAUCAAAGAGGAUAGACCAGUUGAAGAAGAAAGGGUCGAAGAACACGAGGGAAGCAGAGCUGAGAUCUGAGAUUAAGCAGCUUUUGAGAGAGGCCACUGGGUUGUCUCAGCCAGCCACGUUUGCUCAAGCGGCUAAGCUUAGGAGGUCGGCAGCUACUAAAGAGAAAGAACUUGCACUAUAUUUGGAGCAGCAUAACAAGGAAAUUAAUCUGUCAUAUGAUCUGUAUGGAAAGGUUCUACUUGCUUCAAAGGUUGUGGUAUACCUGAUCUUGGUAUUUUGGUUCUGGAGGACUCCGAUUGCCAUUAUUGCUAAGCAGCUUGUUCAACCCUUUGGGAGGUUGUUAUCUUGGGGAACAGGUGGUCACUUGACAGGCCAUGUGAUGGUAAGUUCCUUCUCUCUCGAUCCAUUUCUUUUGGGGUGUUGUGAGAAUGAGUGUUUGUUGUGUAAAAAUGCAGGUUGGGAUUAUACCAUGGCUGAUACUUUCAACCAGAGUGAGCAAAUAUGUCUGUAGGUUCGUGGAGUUCUAAAAUCACAGUCCUGGAAGAGAAUAGAAUUUAACGUUUUUGUACAUUAUAUGGAUCUUGUUCUCCGGUUUGUGUUGGGUUUGAUCAAUAAUAACAAGUGGUUAACGUCAUUACAUUUCAGAACAUCAGCCGUCACUCUACGUAUUGUCAAUUUUCAUAUUUUGAAUAGCCGACUUUGGACAACCAAAAGACGCGUGGUAGUGUGUACUUUAUGUAGCAUGAUGCAUACGCAUGUGCUCCAUUAAGACCGAGUAUAUUGGUGAUAACU